AUGGUGUCAAUCAGAGCACCGCCUCGCUUCCGGCGACUUCAAACCAUUGAACCAGACUACUGCCCUAGCAAGAUCACUCAAUAUGAAUCUGAACGGACGGGAUUAAGGAUCGUGGUUGUUGAUCAGCAAGGCCCCAAACUUUUCGGUUUCUUUGUCCUCGCCACCGAGAUUCAUGAUGACUCUGGCGCGCCUCAUACUUUGGAACAUCUAUGCUUCAUGGGCUCAAAGAGUUACAAAUACAAAGGUUUCUUGGACAAAUUGGCCACCAGAGCAUACUCCGGAACAAAUGCGUGGACAGCAACUGACCACACGGCAUACACCUUGGAGACAGCUGGUUGGGCAGGCUUUGCUCAGAUCUUACCUGUCUACCUCGAGCAUGUGAUCCUUCCGACCCUGACUGAUGCUAGCUGUACAACCGAAGUCCAUCAUAUCGACGGCACUGGCAACGAUGCUGGUGUUGUUUACUCAGAAAUGCAAGGCGUACAAAACACUGCAUCUGAAUUAAUCGAGCUACGGUCGAAAAGGAUUCUAUAUCCUGAGGGUGUCGGUUUCCGUUAUGAAACUGGUGGCAUGAUGGACCAGCUUCGCGUUCUCACCGCUGACAGAAUUCGGCAAUUUCACCAUGACAUGUACCAGCCCAAAAACCUUUGUGUCACUCUUUUCGGAGAAGUCAAUCAUGAGGAGUUGUUGGACAUUAUGGACAGCUUUGAAUCAUCGAUUUUGAGCGAUAUUCCGAGCCCUGAUACUCCAUUCAGUAGACCAUGGAUCGAGUCCAAAACUGCCCCUCCAUUGAAAUGCUCCACUAUCGAAAAAGUUGAGUUUCCGGAGGAGGAUGAAUCUUUUGGUGAGGUCGACAUACGUUUCCUGGGACCGGAUUUCGCAGAUGUGAUAUCGAUGGCAGCCCUCAAUGUGGCACUGCUUUAUCUCGCUGGAUCCUCGGCUGCGCUACUUGACAAUGCGCUUGUAGAAAAGGAACAACUAGCAACUGCGGUAUACUAUACUCUCGACAGCCGCCCACGUACUGAGAUUGCGUUUACUCUGUCAAGUGUCGCAACUGAACGACUUGAAGAGGUUGAGAAGAGAUUCUUUGAAAUCUUGCGGGAUGCAAUGGAAAAGCCUCUAGACAUGAGAUUCAUGAAAGACUGCAUAGACCGGCAACUCAGAGCCUACAAAUACAGCGCCGAAUCCUCGCCAACCUCAUUCGCCGACUUCAUAAUCUCCGACUAUCUCUUUGGAAAUCGUGAUGGAACAACACUACAGAAACUCCAGUCUCUCAAACAGUAUGGCGCCGUACUUGAGAGUUGGUCUGAGGAUUCAUGGAAGAAAUUCAUCAAAUUCUACAUCUCAGACGCUCACCAUGUGUCAAUUCUUGGUGUGCCAUCCGCCCAGCUUUCCGAAAAUUUAAAAAUCGACGAAGCUAAGCGGGUUGAGGAGCAAAAAGAGAAGCUUGGGCCUGAAGGAUUAAAGAAGAUGCAGGAAAAGCUCGAUGCCGCGAAAGCAGAAAAUGACCGCGAGAUCCCGCCAGAAUUGUUAGGCCAAUUCAAGGUCCCGUCCACUGAAACGAUCCAUUUUGUCAGCACUUCGCCUGCUCGAUCAGGAUUGGCAUUAGAGAUAGGGAAACCCGAAUCCAAGUACCAGAAAGCCAUUGACGAUGACGCGAAAGACCUCGCGUUGUUCUUGAACUUUCAGCACAUCCCCUCGAAUUUUGCUCGUGUCGAGCUCAUUGUCUCAACAGAAAACCUUCCAAACGAGUUACGACCAUUGCUCUCAAUUUACAUGGAGUCAUUUUUUGGUUUACCUGUAAAACGAGGGAACGAUACCAUCAGUUUCGAAGAGGUGGUACUAGAACUUGAAAGGGAUACUGUUGGUUAUGCCAUCGAUUCAGCCAUUAAUCUAGGCAAUGCUGAAGGACUCCGUAUAAGCUUUCAAGUGGAGCUUGAAAAAUACAAUGUGGCUAUCCGAUGGCUGAGUGAAUUGCUAUACAAGUCGGUCUUCGAUGUAGAAAGAUUAAAGGCAAUCAAUACCAGGCUCAUGGCUGAUGUGCCCGAUGCCAAACGCAGUGGCGACGAUAUGCUAACGGCAGUGCAUCUCAUGACACAUCUCGCUCCAAAAGCGAUAGGUCGUGCCAGGAGCACUUUGGUGAAAGCUUUGUAUUUGAAGCGCAUCAAGCAGCUUUUCGAGGCUGAUCCGGAUCAGGUGGUACGCCAACUUGAACAGCUUCGAGACAUUCUGUUCAAAUUUGAGAAUUUUCGGAUCUUGGUCAUUAGUGACUUGGACAAGCUUGAAAGGCCUGCCAGCUCCUGGGAGCCCUUUAUGAAAGAUCUGGAGGCAACCGAGAAACUGGCACCUAUUGGCAAACGAAUCGAACGCCUCAGCGAUGCAGGCAAGAAUCCUGGCAGACUAGCAUAUGUCGUGCCACUACCGACGAUUGAUUCCUCUUUUGCGACUGCGAUCGCAAGAGGACCUACAUCAUAUGAAGACCCCAGAACACCCGCCAUGAUGGUCGCAAUGGCUUACCUUAAUGCAGUUGAAGGGCCGUUAUGGGUUGCAGUCAGAGGCACAGGUUUGGCUUACGGUACCAGCGUAAGCUAUGACAUUGAAUCAGGCUUCAUUACCUUGGAAGUGUAUCGAUCACCAGAUUCAUAUAAAGCAUUCGAUGCUAGUCGGAGGGUAGUCAAUGGACACAUUACGGGGGAGAUUGAGUUCGAUCCUUUGAUGCUCGAGGGAGCGAUUAGCAGCAUAGUGGUUGCAUUCGCUAACGAGCAACAGACACUGGCAUCGGCUGCAGUAUCAAAUUUCAUUCGAAGUGUCAUGAAAAGCUUACCGGAGGAUCAUAUGGAAAAAUUACUCAAAAAGGUCAGGGACAUCACCGUAGAAGAUAUCAGGCAUGUCCUUGAGACGAUGAUAUAUGACAUAUUCAGUCCUGGGAAAGCCGAUGUUCUUGUAACUUGUGCACCAGCGCUGAAGGAGGCUAUCUCGGACGGGCUCAAAGGGGAAGGCUUUUCCCCUGAGAUUCACGAUCUUAACUAUUUCCAGGAUGACUAUGGCCUCAAGCCAGUCAACGGGGAUGAUGACGAGAACGAUGACGACGACGAUGAUGACGACGACGACGACGAUGAAAAGGAAGGAUCAGAUGACUUUGACGGUAGCGAUGGAUAUGAGAUCGUGGAAGGAGGAGGGGAGGAACUUGAUGACGAAGUUUAG